UACGCUAUAUGUGGUGCACAUUAAUCCUUAUUCCAUCAUUUAUACACUUUUUUCCAUCAAACUGUUCCCAUUGUUCUUUACCCUUUAUUUUGAAGGAUCUCAGUUAACAUGGAAGCUAGUUUGCUCGCCAACAAUUCCUUCACCAAAUCCACAGAACAACUGAUUCCCACAAUCAGAGCCGGAUCUUUAGCAUUCUCCAAGAGAUUUUCUCAACAACUCCGGUGCAAAAAAGUUAGAGUUCCUUAUCAUAUAUCAUGCUGCCACUCAUCAUCAUCACCAUUAGAUGAUGACAAACCUACACUGAGUGGUGACUGGAGGGCCUUCAGGGCAAAGCUUGUGCUUGGAGGACUGCAAUUGCUAAGGGCUGAUGAAGCCUCUUCAAUGGCUGAUCCAGACACUGUUGUGGAUCAGCCUCCACUAAUAACCAUUGGUGAUAAAUGGGCCCACAAAAUCCAUGAGCCUGAAAAAGGUUGCUUACUCAUUGCCACUGAAAAGCUUGAUGGGGUCCACAUAUUUGAACGGACGGUGAUCCUUCUUUUGUCAACUGGGCCAUUAGGCCCAUCAGGGAUCAUAGUCAACAGACCAUCAUUGAUGUCCAUCAAGGAGACAAGAUCAACAGCUCUGGAUGUGGAGGGCACAUUCUCUAAUAGUCCAUUGUUCUUUGGAGGGCCCUUGGAGGAAGGGUUGUUUUUGGUGAGUCCAAAAGAGAGUGGUGUAUUAUGGUGGGAAAGAGAGUGUGGGUUGUGCUGCUGAAAUGGUGAAGAGGAAUGUUGUUGGGCUUGGAGAUUUUAGGUUUUUUGAUGGGUAUUGUGGUUGGGAUAAGGAGCAAUUGAAGGAUGAGAUUAGGGCUGGGUAUUGGACUGUGGCUGCAUGCAGCCCAAGUGUGGUUGGGUUGGCGAAUGUUGGAAGUAUUGGGCUUUGGAAUGAGGUCCUUGGACUUAUGGGUAAAAGGAAGGUCAAAUGAGUAACACGUGUCCCACGUGUCAAACAGAUGGAAAAACUUUCAAGCAAGCGGUGUGUGAUUCAACGACAUUCAUACAAAAUGAAAAAAGCUUGUAAAUUGAAAUGUUGCUCCUUACUUUUGUACUUAGUUGGUUUACGAAUUGAGAAAUGAUUUAAAUCCAAUGUUUAACUUCAUUAUUAUAUUAGGAUUCUUUUGAAAAUACAAUGAAUAAUCAUUUAAAUAUUUUUCCAUUUAAAAGUGUAACACUUUGUUGAGGCUUCAGAGUUUUGAGAUAAGUAAAAAUCGCAGCACAACACAUCAACUUGUCUUCCUUCCUUCCAUAACCCUGAACCAUAGAAGCAAUGAAUAAACCUCGAUACGACGCCGUAAUCCUAGGCGUCUCAGGAUUUACAGGCAAAUACGUAGUCCGUGAAGCCCUCAAGUUCCUCAACGUCCCAUCCUCCCCACUCAAAUCCAUCGCACUUGCGGGCCGAAACCCAUCUAAACUCUCCCAGGCCCUCCAAUGGGCCAUCGGGCCCAGCAAAGGCCCACCUCCCGAUAUCCCCAUCCUAACCGCCGACACCUCCGACCCCUCCUCCCUCGCCGCAAUCUGCUCCCAAACCUCCAUCCUCCUCAACUGCGUCGGCCCCUUCCGCCUCCACGGCGACCCCGUCGUCGCUGCCUGCCGCCCCGCUGGAUGUGACUACUUGGACAUCUCCGGCGAGCCGGAGUUCAUGGAGCGGAUGGAGGCGAAGUACCACGACAGGGCUGCAGAAUCGGGGGCGCUGGUGGUGUCGGCGUGCGGGUUCGAUUCGGUGCCGGCGGAGCUAGGGUUGAUGUUCAAUUCGAGGCAGUGGGUGGCGCCGGCGGUGGUGAACAGCGUGGAGGCGUACGUGAGCUUGGAAUCGGAGAAGAGGAUCGUCGGGAACUUCGCCACGUACGAGUCGGCGGUUCUCGGUGUUGCGAACGCGAAGCAGUUGCAGCAGCUGAGGAGGUCAAGGCCAAGAAGAGCUAGGCCUGCGAUUGCUGGCCCUCCUCCUUCCAAAGGAUCAACUAUAGAACACCAGAAGAAAGUUGGCCUUUGGGCAGUAAAGCUACCUUCAGCAGAUGCAAUAGUUGUCCGAAGAACUCUGUCCACUCUAACAGAAAACCCCGGUGGUCUCCAGGGCAUGAACGAGAGCGCCGAUGCAGUCGCAAAAAGGGAAGCCUUCUGGUCAUGCGUGAAGCCAGCUCACUUUGGUGUGAAGAUAGGCUCAAAAUCUCUAUUGGGCAUACUCCGGAUCAUCAUGGUGGGCAUAUUCAUUGGCCUCUUAGGUAACACUGGUUUCGGAAGGUGGCUUCUCUUGACGUUUCCCUCGGUCUUCUCUCUCGGUUGGUUCCGCAAGAAGGGUCCCUCAGAAGAGGAGGUGGAAAGUGCAUCAUUCAAGAUGUGGUUUGUUGGAAAAGGUUUCAGCAAUGAGAGUAAUGCUUCACAGGGAAACAGAAAACCAGACAUGGAGGUAAUAACAAGAGUAUCUGGACCUGAGAUUGGGUACGUAACCACACCAAUAAUUCUUGUUCAGUGUGCUCUCAUAGUUCUCAGCCAAAGGAACAACCUACCAAAAGGAGGAGUUUAUCCUCCAGGGAUUGUGUUUGGUCCAACUGAUCUUCAAGAAAAACUUGAGAAAAAUGGAAUGUCUUUUGAUGUCAUCUCAAAAAGCAGCAUGUCUUCGUGACUUUUUUAGUUUCAUAGUUUGCUCUUAAUAUGGAGAAAUAAAAUGUGCAUAAUACUGUUGUUUUACCAAGUUCUGCUUUAGAUGUUUUAUAUUUUAGCAACUUAAUACAAGACUAAUUCCUGUGGCUAAUUUUUG